AUGGGUGAAAGAGUGAUUGGGAGUUGGAACAUUUGUCGCCUGUCGAGAUGUGACCAUUAUGGGGCUGUGGUUGGUAUUUCAAUUAUAAGCCUCAAGUCUAAAGUUGCAUUGAAUUCAAAUAUACAUAAGAUACAACAAGUUGCUCUCUCCAAUUGUCGUCGUUGUUCUGCAUCACGAUUUCCAUUUUCCAGCUGCUCUCUCCGAUUUCCGUCGUUGUUCUGCAUCAUGAUUUCCAGACAGAUGAGGUUGAUCAAAACCAUUUGGAUUGGAUGGGGUUCGUUUUUUCUUGUUGGAAAGUAUAUGGGUUUGAAGAAUAUUUCAAGUAUUGUUGCUGCUGCUGUUUAUUUACUGAUGGUUAAGAAUAAGGAGAAUUCAAAUCCCAACACCAAACAAUCCCAAAAUAGCUCAAAUGUUAGAGUUCAAUGGCCAUCAAAAGUAAUGACUAUCUUUUGUGAAGCUUGUGUGGAUGAGGUAUUUAAGGGUAAUCGACUUAAUACCCACUUUAGUAAAAAGGGUUGGGCAAAUAUUAUAGCAACUUUUGAAAAGAAAACUGGAAAUGAAUAUUCUAGGGUGAAGUAUAAGCAUAAAUGGGAUAGUUUGAAGAAAGAUUGGGUACUUUGGAAUAAGUUGAAGGGAAGUGAAACUAGAUUGGGUUGGAAUGCAGCCAAAGGAACAAUGGCUGCAACUGAUGAGUGGUGGGAGAGGAAACUAAUGAAGGUUCCUGAAGUUGCAAAAUUUCAAGAGAAAGGUUUGGAGAAUGUUGACUUAUUAGGCAUUAUGUUUAAGGACAUUGCGGCUACAGGAGAUUUAGCAUGGGCCCCCACUUCAGGUGUGUUAACAGAUGAUCUUGAGACACCUAAGGAGGGGUUAGGUGAUACUUCUACUGACUCAUCUUCUCCAAAUGUUGAUGAUGACGUUCAUGAAGAUGAGACUCCUAACCUCACACAACCACCUAACCCAACACAAAACAAAUGA